UAUAUGAUAGACACCGUCAUCUAGUAAUAGCAACACCAAACGUCAUUAUAUUGACAUUGAUUUAGAUUAUAGCGAUGACGACAAAAGCUCACCGUCGCCUGACUCAACCUCAACAGCAAAACGUAAAGCAUCGAGCAUUCAACCAGACGACGUGAUCGUUCUGAUCAAGCGACCCAGAAAAAGCUACAAGCUCAAGAUGGAGGAAGAAGUCGAAGUAGAUGAAUUACCAGAUGAAUAUAUAGAGGAUCAAAAACAAAAGUCAUAUACCCCCAAGAAAAGCAAAGAACAACCUCUGCUUGACAAAAAAGAAUUACCCAAACGCAAGACAAGAAGCAGCAGUGCGGCAGAAGAUAAGGCAUCCGUGGAGAUUGAUGUGGAAGACAACAAUGAGUUGACCAAACGAGACUUUGCAUUUUAUGGCCGGGACAAGCAUAUGCUCAUGUACCCCUUUGUUGGUUCUGGGCAGAUCACGGUCUAUUGGGACGAUCUGCAGCGGCUGGCAAAGGACCGGUUCCUGAACGAUACAAUCAUUGACUUUUACCCUAGAGUCUGGGCAGAUCAGUAUCCUGAUGACGGCAUCUACACUUUCAAUUCCUUCUUUUAUACAAAACUAGCUGACUGCAAAACAACCGAACACUUUGAAAAACUAUCUCGCUGGACGCAGAAUGCAAACAUAUUUGACAAAGAUCUCUUAAUUAUACCCGUUGCAGAGCAUAGUCAUUGGUUCAUCAUCUUGGUUGUCAACCCAGGUGCAUCGAUUGGUCAAGGAAAACGUAUAGAUCAAGAUGAAUUGCGAACAAAGUCGAACCCUAUAUCAUGACUAUGGAUUCCUUGGGUGGACCACAACGACAUGUACGAAGAUAUGUCGUCGAGUAUUUAAAAAAGGAAGCAGCCCGAAAACUAGACGUGCUUGAACCCGAGUUUAUACCACCGGAGUUUAUGUCUAUUCAGUGCCCACAACAGGAUAAUCAUUAUGACUGUGGUGUCUUUUGUCUGCAUAGUAUAUACAACUUUUACAAAUACAAGACGAAAAUGUGGGAUUCUAUCUUUACUACCAAGAGCACGGUUGCAGUAGAAGAAUUUGUAGA